GCCAGGCUGGUCUCGAACUCCUGACCUCAGUUGAUCUGCCCGCCUCAGCCUCCCAAAGUGCUGGGAUUACAGGCGGGAGCCACUGCACCUGGCCAUUUUUAUGUAUUUCUAGCAGAUACAGGGUUUUGCCAUGUUGGCCAGGCUGGUCUCGAACACCUGACCUCAGGUGGCCCGCCCGCCUCACCCUCCCAGAGUGCUGGGAUCAUAGGUGUGAACCACCAUGCCCCCAACCAGGGUGUUUUAAAAUUGGCGGCUGGUCACAGAGGUCCCCUGUGCCUGGCUGUGCCAAGAUUUCAGACACCCAGGAGGAAAGCAGAUCUUUAGGGUAAACACAUUGUUGCAUAAACAGUUUCAGCACAAUAAGCAACUCCUCUAUUGCGAUGAGAACCCUCCCCAAAUCCAGGCUAGCUUAUGCCAGCCAAGGGCCAACUAUGCAGGCAGGACUUUCUAAGGUUAGGGGCCCUCAGGCCUUUGGGUUGGCUCUUCCUGCGUCCACCCCCUAGCCCACUGCACAGGUGUCUCUACCACAGAAUUAUUAUGGGAGGCCCCUAUGAAGUAGGAGGAGACCACACUGCAGUAAUGAUUUCACUUGUGCUGUUUAGGGCUCCUGGACUUAGCCAGGUAAGGUAAAUUCCAUUGGCUGCAAUGGAAUUAUUAUUUUUUUAAUUUCCAUUUUUAUUUCAGAUUCAUGGGCACAUGUGCAGGUUACAAGGGAAUAUUGCAUGAUGCUGAGAUUUGGGCUUCCAUUGAGCUUGUCACCCAGAUAGUGGACAUGGUAGCCAUGAGGAAGGGUGUCAGCCCUUUCCCCCUCUGUCCCUCCAUUUGGAAUCCCCAGCGUCUAUUGUUUCCAGUUUUAUGUCCAUGUCUACCCAAGAUUUACUUCCCACUUGACUCAGUGGUCUUUGAGGAUGUGGCUGUGGACUUCACCCUGGAGGAGUGGGCUUUGCUGGAUUCUGCUCAGAGGGACCUCUACAGAGAUGUGAUGCUGGAGACCUUCCAGAACCUGGCCUCAGUAGAUGAUGAAACUCAAUUUAAGGCCAGUGGGUCAGUUUCUCAGCAGGAUAUUUAUGGAGAGAAAAUACCCAAGGAAUCUAAAAUAGCCACGUUCACCAGAAAUGUUUCCUGGGCCUCUGUUUUAGGAAAAAUUUGGGACAGUCUUAGCAUCGAAGAUCAAACCACAAACCAGGGGAGAAAUCUCAGUAGAAAUCAUGUGUUGGAGAGACUCUGUGAAAGUAAUGAUCAAUGUGGAGAAGCCCUCAGCCAGAUUCCACAUCUUAAUCUGUACAAGAAAAUUCCACCUGGAGUAAAACAGUAUGAAUACAACACGUACGGAAAAGUCUUCAUGCAUCGCCGCACAUCCCUCAAGAGUCCCAUCACAGUUCACACUGGACACAAACCGUAUCAGUGCCAGGAAUGUGGGCAGGCCUACAGUUGUCGUUCACACCUAAGAAUGCAUGUGAGAACCCACAAUGGAGAGAGACCCUAUGUGUGUAAAUUAUGUGGGAAAACCUUUCCUCGUACUUCCUCCCUCAAUCGGCAUGUAAGGAUUCACACUGCUGAGAAAACCUACGAAUGUAAGCAAUGUGGGAAAGCCUUUAUUGACUUCUCAAGUCUUACUAGUCAUCUCAGAAGUCACACCGGAGAGAAGCCAUACAAGUGUAAGGAAUGUGGGAAAGCUUUCAGUUAUUCCUCAACGUUUCGAAGACACACAAUAACACACACUGGCGAGAAGCCAUAUAAAUGUAAGGAAUGUGGAGAAGCCUUUAGUUAUUCCUCAACUUUUCGAAGACAUAUGAUUUCACACACUGGAGAGAAGCCACAUAAAUGUAAAGAAUGUGGGGAGGCCUUCAGUUAUUCUUCGGCUUUUCGAAGACACAUGAUAACACACACUGGAGAGAAACCCUACGAAUGCAAACAAUGUGGGAAAACCUUCAUUUAUCUCCAGUCCUUUCGAAGACAUGAAAGGAUUCACACUGGAGAGAAACCCUAUGAAUGCAAACAGUGUGGGAAGACCUUCAUUUAUCCCCAGUCCUUUCGAAGACAUGAAAGGACUCAUGGUGGAGAGAAACCCUAUGAAUGCAACCAGUGCGGGAAAGCAUUCAGUCACCCCUCCUCCUUUCGAGGACACAUGAGGGUGCACACUGGAGAGAAACCCUAUGAGUGCAAGCAAUGUGGGAAAACUUUCAAUUGGCCCAUAUCUUUACGAAAACAUAUGAGAACACAUACUAGAGAGAAACCCUAUGAAUGUAAGCAGUGUGGGAAAGCCUUCAGCUUGUCUGCUUGCUUUCGAGAACAUGUGAGAAUGCACCCUGAAGACAAAUCCUAUGAAUGCAAGCUAUGUGGGAAAGCUUUCUAUUGCCACAUAUCCUUACAAAAACAUAUGAGAAGGCAUACCGCAGAGAAACUCUAUGAAUGCAAGCAGUGUGGGAAAGCUUUCAGUUGGCCUGAACUUUUGCAACAACAUGUGAGAACGCACACUGUAGAGAAGCCCUAUGAAUGUAAGGAAUGUGGGAAGGUCUUCAAAUGGCCAUCAUCUUUACCAAUACAUAUGAGACUGCAUACUGGAGAGAAACCUUAUCAAUGUAAGCAUUGUGGGAAAGCAUUCAACUGUUCCUCAUCCUUAAGACGACAUGUGAGAAUACACACUACAGAAAAACAGUAUAAGUGUAAUGUAGGACAUCCUCCUGCAAAUGAAUUCAUGUGCAGUGCUUCAGAAAAGUCACACCAGGAGAGAGAUCUGAUCAAAGUUGUAAAUAUGGUGUUGCCUUUAUGAGUUCCUUAUCCUGAAAGUGGACACUCAAGGAGUGUGUCUGUAGUUCAUUUGCAAAUAAACAUUUAGUUGAAAAAUAAUUCUCCAAAUACUCUCAGCUAUCCUACAUGAAUUUGAACAGGUAGUUUCUUACGAUUCAGUAAAUAAAACUUUCAUCUUA